CUAACAAGGUGGCCCCACCCACCAUCUUCCACCCUUCUCACCCAUCGUCUCGGAAGAAUCUUGAACUCGUUCGCUCACUCCUCGUCUUCCCCCACCCCACCACCCAUCUCCGCUCCAAAGGCGAGAGAUCCCACCGUCUCAUUCCAAAAAUCGUCCACAAAACCCAGCCCCAAACCCAUCGACCGAUUCAAAAGCUCCACGAAUCCCACCAAAUCCACCCCGAAUUCGCCACCGGAUGCCUCCAAUUUUAACCCAAAUCCCACAUCCCACCAGUUCAAAUCUGAACUAGCAGCCAUCCCCAUCCCCACUCUUGCAUUCCCCAGAUUCCCCACGCGAAUCCGCCGCAAUGGCCACCGCGGUCUCCAAAUCAAAAUCGCAUCCCAGGUCGCCCACAACCGCGCAGCCGCUGAACCCUGCCUCCGCCGCCGCGGCCGCUGGCGCGGCGCCGUCCAAGAGCGCUGCCAUGGCGGAGCUCAAGUCGCGCGUGCUCUCCGCGCUCGCCAAGCUCUCUGACCGCGACACGCACCACAUCGCCGUCGAGGAACUCGACCGCUUCAUCCGGUCGCCGCCGUCCCCGGACGCCGUGCCCAUGCUCCUCCACGCGCUGGCGUCCGACACCCAGGGGCUCGCCUCGCCGGCGCGGCGCGAGUCGAUACGUCUCCUUGCCACGCUCUGCGCGGUGCACCCCGACGCAGCGGCGCCGCAUCUGCAGAAGGUGAUGGCGCAUCUCUCGCGACGGCUCAAGGACACGGCCUCCGACUCGUCCGUGCGGGACGCGUGCCGCGACGCCGCGGGGCAGCUAGCGGCGGUGUACCUCCGGCCGCUUGCUGCUUCAGCAGCUGGUGAGGCGGGAAAUGGGACCGUCGCACUGUUCGUGAAGCCGCUCUUCGAGGUCAUGGGCGAGCAGAGCAAGACUGUGCAGAGCGGGGCCGCGGCCUGCUUGGCAAAAACAGUGGAGGGGGCAGGCCCUGGACCUGGUGUCUUGGGGAUGUUUGGCAAGCUUGGUUCCAGGGUUUUCAAGUUGGUCGGCGGACAGGGUGUGCAGGCCAAGGGGUCACUGCUCAAUGUCAUCGGAAGCUUGGCUCAGGUUGGAGCGAUCAGUCCCCAGAAUAUGCAACAGACACUGCAAAGUAUCCGUGACUGUCUUGAGAACAGUGAUUGGGCUACCAGGAAAGCAGCUGCUGACACAUUGUGUGUCCUGGCUACCUAUUCAGGUCACUUGAUAGGUGAUGGGGCUGCUCCAACCAUAGCUGCUCUUGAGGCUUGCCGUUUUGAUAAGGUAAGGCCUGUCAGAGAUAGCGUGAUUGAUGCUGUGCAGUUGUGGAAGCAAUUAACAGGUGAAGAUACAAAUGAAGAUGGUAAAACUAAGGAAGCAACUGGCAGUGAAACGAAGCUGGAUUCACCUAGCAAUAAUGAGAAAGCAAAGGGUAGUAGCAUAGCUGAAAAAGCAGCAGUUCUCUUGAAGAAAAGACCUACACUAACUGACAGGGAACUGAACCCUGAUUUUUUUCAAAAGCUUGAGACGAGAACCACAGAUGACUUGGCUGUUGAGGUGGUAGUUCCCCGCAAGACUCUACAAUCUCAUCUACAAAGCGAAGAUGAUCCAGAGGAAGUAGAUGGCGAUCCUGUUGGUGCAGCUAAUAGCAAUGGAUCUGCAGAUGAUGAAGGAAGUCUGACUCAAGUGCGGGCUAGCUCUAGUUUUCAAAAUGUUCGAAAUAAAUGGGCUGGCCAAAGAGGAAAUAGAAACAAAGACGCAAAGGCUAGACCAUCUGAUGUUGAAGAUAGGUGUGAAACCAGUGCAAAAGAUUCUGCACCAAUGACUAUACCAGGAGAUGGCCCAUUCAUAAAUAAUAAAACAAACUGGUUAGUCAUACAGAAGCAGUUAUCACAGUUGGAGAGACAGCAAACAAGUCUCAUGAACAUGUUGCAGGAUUUCAUGGGAGGAUCUCAUGACAGCAUGGUUACUCUCGAAAACAGAGUACGUGGUCUUGAGAGGGUUGUCGAGGAAAUGGCUAGGGAUAUAUCAUUGUCAUCAGGCAGGAGAGGUGGUGGUUCAACCUUGGGCUUCGAUUCAUCUCCUGGCAGAUCAUCUGCGAAAUACAAUGGGUUUCAUGAGUACUCUAAUUCAAAAUUUGGUAGGGGUGGCGAUGGAAGGAUAGGAUUCGCAGAUAGGUAUUUUUCUGCAGAUGGUAUGGCUUCUGGUGUAAGAAGCCCAUCCUGGAGACCAGAUUCUGAGCAAUGGGAUUCAUACACUUAUUCUGGAUCACGAAGCGGAAUGAAUUCCAGGAGAGGAUUAGAUUCUUUUUCAUCUGACACCAGGGUACCCAGAAAUGGUAACGAUCAAGCGGGUCCGAGGCGAGGAUGGGACAAAGGACAGGGGCCAUUUAGGUUUGGGGAGGGUCCUUCUGCUCGAAGUGCAUGGAGGGCCUCUAAAGAUGAGGCGACACUGGAAGCUAUUAGAGUAGCUGGUGAAGAUAAUGGAAGUUCAAGGGCUGCUGCAAGAGUUGCGAUUCCUGAGCUUGAUGGAGAGGCUUUGAAUGAUGACAAUCAAGGGGAUGGAAGAGGUCCACUUUGGGAAUCCUGGACUCGCGCGAUGGAUGCUAUUCAUGUUGGUGACAUGGAUUCGGCUUAUGCUGAGGUUCUUUCAACUGGAGAUGCUGAGCUACUUGUAAAGUUAAUGGAGCAAACUGGACCAGUCGUCGAUCAACUGUCGAACGAGGUUUCAAAUGAGGUUCUACAUGCUGUUGGACAAUUCCUUGUAGAAGAAAGCUUCUAUGAUAUAGCUUUGAGUUGGCUUCAGCAGUUGACUGAUCUGGUAAUGGAAAAUGGAUCUGACUAUCUUGGAAUCCCUCGAGAUGCGAAGAAUGACCUCUUAUUCGGACUUCACGAAGCUACUGCCAUCGAGCUGCCUGAUGAUUGGGAGGGGGCGACACCGGUUCAGAUAAUGAAGCAGCUAGCCUCAUCGUGGCGCAUCGAUCUGCAGCAGCUUAUCAAUUAGGGCCAUUGGUUGACGUGAGUAAAUUUCAUUUGUUCAUUAUUGCUGGUCUUUUUGUUUGCUCUGUUGCUAUUUACGAGUAUAAUGAUUAGAUAUGACAGAACGGGAGCGGAGGAGUGGAAUUGUGUGUUGGUGUUGGGUGAUAUAUGAUGUUGAUAUUGGUUUCCCUGCGUCCUCCCCUAUACUGAUAAUUUGAGAAAUCAUUUUUUUUUGGGUCU